UUUUGUCUCAUCUCAAUCUUUUCUGCACUCAACCAUCAUAUUUCAUAUCUCCUAUCCACUCAUUUUCUUAUAAUUAACACUUAAAAGACUUUGUAACUUCGAUCUCCGAACCGACUAAACAUUCGUGGGUUCUUCUUUCUUGUGAAGAUUCAUCUUCAGUCCAAACAAAACCGUGAUCACUCGUCUUUUGUACACAUAAAUGGUGUGUGUGGUCUCUCGUACGGGCCGUCAGUACCAAAGAUACAACAAGGGACGCCGUCAGGUCGUAGGGUGUAUUCCGUAUAGACUCAAAACUUCAAGCGAUGGCAUAGUUAGCGAUGAAUUUGAAGUUUUGGUUAUCUCAUCACAAAAAGGUCAUGCUCUAAUGUUCCCAAAGGGUGGUUGGGAGCUUGAUGAGUCUAUAGAAGAAGCUGCUUCAAGAGAGUCUCUGGAAGAAGCUGGAGUUAUUGGAGACGUUGAGAGACAACUUGGAAAAUGGGAUUUUUUGAGCAAAAGCAGAGGAACAUUCUAUGAAGGACUAAUGUUCCCAAUGUUUGUGAAAGAAGAGCUUGAGCUUUGGCCUGAACAACAUCUUCGUCAAAGAAUGUGGAUGAAAGUAGAUGAAGCAAGAGAAGCUUGUAGAGACUGGUGGAUGAAAGAAGCUCUAGAUGUUUUGGUUCACAGGCUUUCUUCAUCACCACCAUCAGUAAUGAAGCCUAUGGAAGAAGACAAGACAGUUCCAUUGAUCUCUAUCUGCUGAAAAGAAAACUAAUCUGAUGUGCGCUUCAUCACUUUUAGGUUAAUCUUUGUAUAUAAACAUCUUACGCCAGAGCAACGAAAAGCUUGUAGAUUUUUAGGUGUGUGGAGCUAGACUAGAUAAUGUGAUCUCGUGGGGGAUUUUUAGGUGUUUUGUGAUUGUUGUUAUAAUGCUUGUGUGUUUUAAUA